AUGGCCCGCCUUCCCUCUGCCAGAGGGGAGGAGACUAAGAAGAACAGGAAGUGGCACUUCCUCCCCAAAAUUGGCAAGAUUCCAAAGAUCAGGAUGAAGGUAGGGGGCUCAGUGUUUGGAGAUGACCUCUAUGCUGAGUGUGAGGUUCCAGAGGUUCCAUCCACUUCCCCACCCAAGGAGGACCUGACAACCACACUGGCCCCUGCUCCCCAGGAGUCCCAGUCCCGUAAACGCCCUCUCAUAGACAAUGAGAAGCGGACACCGUUGCAUGCCGCUGCCUAUCUAGGAGAUACAGAAAUUCUAGAGCUACUCAUACUAUCAGGAGCCAGAGUAAAUGCCAAAGACAACAAGUGUCUCAAUACUCUGCACCGGGCCGUGGCUUCCUGCAGUGAGGAGGCAGUCCAGGUGCUAUUGAAACACUCUGCUGAUGUGAACGCCAGGGACAAGAACUGGCAGACGCCGCUCCACAUCGCUGCAGCCAAUAAGGCGGUCUGCUGUGCCAAGGCUCUGAACGUGUCGGACCAGGCCGGGCACACGGCGCUGCACCAUGCAGUCUUCAGGGGACACCUGGAGGAGGUUCGUCAUAUGAAGGACAUUCAAGUGGAUGUGACCCCUAACCUGCAAUAGGGGCUCAGUGGGGUGACAGACAUCCUGUAACGGAUCUCCAAGCUAGUGUCUGAGGACCUGAAGGAGGCUGUGUCUACAGCUGUGGUUCAGGACA